AAACCCAACCAUCUUCAAGCCCACAAAUUUAUAUCCAAAGCCCUAACUUUCUUUGCUCCCGAAUAAUCCACAUCUAUAAAAGUAUAAAUCAUCGUCUCGUAUGAGAUCUAGGGUUUUAUUCGUUCUUAUCAGUGCAGGCGGUCGGUAAGUUUCUGCUCAAGGAAGAUGGUGAAGGGUCGUCAAGGGGAAAGAGUCAGACUCUACACCAGAGGAACGAUUCUGGGCUACAAGAGGUCGAAGUCGAACCAGUACCCAAAUACAUCGUUGGUUCAAAUUGAAGGAGUUAACACGAAAGAGGAGGUAGGAUGGUUACUAGGCCUCAUGGUAACACUGGUAUUGUGCGUGCUAAGUUCACGUCUAAUCUUCCUCCCAAAUCCAUGGGAUCUAGGGUUAGAGUGUUCAUGUACCCAAGCAAUAUUUGAGGUUUAUUCAACAUUGGAUAUCGUUUUGGACCAAGAGGAUCGAUACCCUUUUUUACCAUUAUAUUACGUUUUAUUUGCAAACAAAGGGUGUAAUUUGCUUAGUGGACUUGACAUCCCACCAAGUUUUGGCGUCGUUGCCGGGGACACCGACCUAAACGCUGACACCGAUGAGAUCCCGGAUGAUAUCGAGGAGAUAUCCCCACCACGACGACCGUCCGGACGCGACAAAGCGAGGCGCGUUGCAAGACAUGCAGAGGAGGUUGAGGCGAAAACAAAAGAUGCGGCGGAAACGAGAGCGAAAUUCGACGAGCACAAUUUAUUAAUAAAAGAAAAAAAAUGA